AUGGCCGCAAGGGCCGUGGUCGCGAUGACCGCGCGCGAGAUGAUGGUCGAGGCCGUGGACGCGAUGAUGGACGCAGAGUUGAUGAUGAUCGUCGAGGACGACGUGGCAGCCGAGAUGAUCGCCACAUGGACGACUCCCAUCGAGGUGACGACCGACGUGGUGGCCGAGGUGACGAUCGUCGAGGUGAUGACGACCGACGUGGUCGCCGAGGCCGAGAUGAUCGUCGCGGCGAUGAUGGCAAUCGCACUCGGGAUGACGACCGCCGUGGAGGCCCAGAUGAUCGUC